AGACGAAAGAAACUUUUCGGACAACCUAAAAGAAAAAAAUAUAUACAUAAUGAUUUAAAAAGCUGCUGCCAUCUUGCAUUUCGAUGAUCUUUCGUUUACGUUUGCGAUUAAUACGAACCUUGUUCUUAUCUUUUUUAUGUAGUUUACACGGAUUUGACGACGAUCCAUCCAAUACUAACGCAUACGUUGCCGCGAAUGCACAACUAUAGGCAGAAUUUACCAUAGCGGUACGGACAGCGUUUUGCAAAUAUUUCGAAAACUAAGACCGAGCGGCGGUAAGGCGCAAAAGGCAAAGUCGUUGAAAAUGUUGAUUUUUACGUUUUAAAAAAUCACCGAGAUCGAAGAAGGCGUCGGCUUUCUAAACAAUUGCCAAAAUACGUUAUAAUUGGUUCGAAACGUUGAGAGCAACGUUCACACCGAGCGGCUAUUGUCGGUUUUUUAUUUUACAAUCUAAAAGAAAAAAAAAUCGGUGUCUCUGACCAAGUAGUUAGGCGUUGCGCGUUUAAAAAAAUUCUUGCCGCGCACCAAUCGUUGCAGAUUAGUAGAUUAGUCGUAGAUCGCGGUUCUAACAUUUAAAAUUAGAAACGAGGGAAAGUGUAAGUGGCGUGGGUUUGGACGAGAUACACCGUUUCGUUUCGAAGGAUUCGAUAGCUUUAGGUUCUCUCGCAUUUACGACUAUAUCGCUUAAAGUUUAUGUUUCUUUUAAAUCGUCAGUCGAACUUACAGAUAUUACCGAGAGCAGCGAAGGGAAAGAAAGAAGGAAGAGAGGAACGAAUCUAUCGGUUUUUUAAAAGAACCGUAUCGUUAAUCCGUGUCAUUUACAUGCUGCUAUCGACUACGUUUAACAGGCUGACUUUCAUCGUCCGAGCCAAUUCAUUUGACGAGUAAAAGUCCGUGUCGGAUACCGACCCGCGUGGAUAAUUCAACGAUGAGAACUAAAGGGAAUUUCGCGAUCGACAUCGCGUACGAUACACUUAUCGCACCAGUCUCAGCUUCGAUAAUUAGUUAAUUGGCAAAGUGAAUUGGAUUCGAGGAUACGACGAUGCUUACGUAAGCGAAGUUUAAAGUAAUAGUUUCAGAGAUAGUGGAUUAUUCUCCGGAAUUUCUCGAACGUUGCCGCGUGUAUUGUAAUUGGCGCAAAAAAGACAUCAGGAUAAACGAGCGUAAUUUGAUGCAGCAUUUUUUUUUUUUGUUGGCAAUAAAAAGGAUAUGGCGCAAAAAUGAGAAUUGCGCAACGAAGAACGACCGUCCAUCGCUGAAACUCUUCCAACUAACGUCACAUCUUAAAGUAUUUCUCGAUGCGAGAGCGGAGAAGAAAGGAAAUCCGUUCAAAAUCGAGGGAAAACAGUUGCGCCAGCGAGAAUCGGAUCGAUUUAAAACGAAAUCUCGAUACAGUGGAAUCGCAUUUGUUCGAACUUUGUCGACGGACCAUGUAACGGAUUUACGUAACAGUCGCUCGCGUCGAGCGAUAGAAACGAUAUAAGCGAAUGCAAUUAGCAAAAGCUAACUAAAAUUUCGCUCGGAUAAAUGGAGUUCUACUGUAUGACUUUGAAGAACGGUGGCAGGGCUGACGUUUCGAAACUUGACACAAGGAGUACUUUCACGCGAAUGGGACGAAUGGAUUUUGCAAUAGAUUUCGUAGGAUAUGAAUGUCUCGACUUUUCUAAUUAAAGAUUCGGUAUAUCUCUUUAGCGGAUUAAGACGAUACGCAAAAUUAUCGCAUAGACAACGUAUAUAUCGAUCGGAAAUUUCAGCGUCGAAUCUUCGAAGUAGCUGCAAAAUAUUCUGUUACAAGACCAGUGAAAGCCUCCGUCCCGUUUUACGAUCGCGUUCCAUCGAAGCCUAUAGAUCGAACUCGCUUUUACACCCCUUUCGAUACGAUUCCAAUGGUUUCGCAGAGGCUGGACGAUCUCUCGAACUCGCCAUCACCCAGACCGAUCUAGGUAACUUUCGUUCGUGAAAACGGGCCGAUAUUUUCCAACGCGAUACUCGGUCAAUUAAGGUCCUACUUUCAGCAGGAUCGGUGCAAGAGUGAAACCGCGAACAACCGAACGCGAUUUAGUGAUUCGCGGUCGGUCUGUCCGCGUCUAUCGAACCGAACGAUCGCUCGCACGUGCUUUCCUUCGGGACACGCGCACGUUUUGCUCGUUUUCUUGGCUCCCUCUUCCUUCUUAUUCUUCGUGUCGUUGUCAGUUUCGCCGUUUAAACCGACUGAGGCGAUCGUGUUCUCGGCGCGUGGCACAUCUUUCUCACAGUGUAACGUUUGUAACGUGUAUAGGCUACACCGUUUAUAUAGGCUUUAUAUGUCACGAGAACAUUUGAACAGUUGGCACUCAAAUCUUUCGUGUACAUAUCGUAUGUUUUAUAGAAAACGUUUUGAAAUUUCGUUAACAUUGCGAUGGGAUACGACUGUAUCGUUCUUUCAUCGAUACAUCGAUAAAAUUCGGAACUGGUCUGAAGAUCUAUGUAGAAAUAACACAAGAUAUUGUUGCACACGUGUAUUUUGUAUGAAAAAUUAGUACAGCAUGAGACAACCGUCUUAGAUGUACGAUAAGUGUUAAAGAUAGCCUUAUUAAACGUGGAAAUCCGCUAAUACAAAGUAUAAUCGACUGUUUACAAAUGUAUUUAUAUCAGAUUGGUUGGAAAAUUUUGCCAAUAUAACCGUGGUAGUCUAAUCUCGCGACAUCGGUGUUAACGAAAUCUCGACAUGUUCCAUAUAACGCACGUAAUAUACUCGUUAAGAUUAUCUACGUGUGUUGGAAUACUUUCGAGGGCCUGUGUAUAGAUGACGACAGGCGAGAUCGUGUCGAAGAAGAUACGUUUAAGUUAACAUAGAAGAAAGAAUUUGAGGGUAUCUCGCGUAUUUUAUCGUAUUUUCUUCCCGUCAAUUCUUUCUUCUUUUUAUAUAUUUCCUUGUCGGUCUAGUUUCUUUUUUUCUCCGAUUUUAUCGUCGGUCAGCUUUAUGAAUCGGUUCGCGGCGACGAGGAUCGAAGACGGUUUGAAACGAACGGUCGGCGGAUUCGAAGGACGAAAGCGAAUAUGUGAUCCGUGCAAAAUUGAAACGAGCUGUGAUCGAAGCACAGGGACGCGAAUGAGAGAACUGCGAAAAAUGAGAACUGCGGUGUGGAGACACGAAUCUGACGCCUAGUGAAUUUGAUCUGUAAGGAUUUCGUUCGAAUUUUCUUUCAGAUUUAAGUUUUCAAAUAUUUUUCGCCAUCGGUAGCAUUACGAUGCAUUUUCCAAAUCAUCCCGAUCGUCAUCUCGCUUUCUCUUUCUACGCGAAAAGCAAUGCGUCUUUCGACAGGCGAGUUUUGCUUAACCAAGCCUCGUAAAUCCGGUUUGCGUGAAUCGUUGUAAAACUUGUAUAACUCCUAGAAAAGUUCGCUGCAACUACAGGAAGCAAAGGUUUGCGCACAUAUCGCGUAAAUUUCUUUUAUGUAAUACUAUUCUUUGUUAAUCGAGGGAGAACUAAGAGACAACAUACGUAUUCCUCUGUUUGUGAUUUGUGCCUCAAUCGCCAAAUUCGAUUUUGCAAAUACCUAAUUAAAAGAUACGUGCGUAGUUCGUUUAGAGGAUGUUGCAAUUGAAAUUCAAUAAUAAUUGGGUAUUUUUGUUAGUCGUAAGUAGUACACCGAUCGGAAGAUGAAGCUAAUCGUGAAACUAAAUGCGUUCGUCUCCCACGAUCUUCGGUAGAAGUUGCGCGUGAUGCACAUGUGUGUUACGUACGAUACAAAAGAAAAAGUGCCAUGUUUUCCAUUGUUUAGUAGCAGCAGAGGAUUGUUUCAGUUUCGAAGAAACAAACGAAAACCGAACUUGCUGUUUGCAUAAUUAAAUUGUAUAAUUAAAUACAAUGUCUUCGAAUGACUCAGAAUCGAUUACCAGAUAAAAUAUCGAUCAAUUUAUCAACUUAUAUCGCAACAUAUUACGUGAGUUCCGACAUAUAGUCGAUUUCAAUUGAUGUAUUAAAAACAAACAGUAAUAAGUGACAUGUACUUGUAAAUCGAUUUAUUUAUCUGCGAGAUAUAUAAUCUUGCGAGACACGUAGCACGUAUUUGAGAAAUCUUCCGUUUUUAUAAAAAAUCUUCGAUAGCCUAAUCUUUACUAGCUUCUUAAUCUAUAAUUGUUGUUUAGACGUGAACGAUAUGACAUGUAAAUCAAUAUGUUAAAUGGUUUAAUAUGAACUUGAUAAAAUUAAAUUAGAUUUAAGUGAGAUUGAAAUAAUUAAUACGAUUCGAAUAAUUAUAUUAAACGGAAUUAAAAAAAACAGUUUAGUUGUGAUUUUAUGAUACAACGUAUGUAUAGUAUAUGUAAAUCGCGUAUGUUCUUACCGAUGAAACGACAAACGAAAGGAAAAGCCGAGAACCGAAACGAUAUAGAACGGUAUUUACGAUUUAAAUGGACCGAUUAACGCAAUACGCUCGCUCGAAGAAUAAGAUUUAAUUGGAUUAAUUACAACGAAAUAUGUAUUUGAGCGAUAUAUCGGUACAUUUUCUUAUCUUUGUCUCAAAUUGCUCGUUUCGUUGAGAUUCCAAUCAAAAUCGGAUUAAAAGUUGUACGAGAUCCAGAUGUGAGAAAAAAUGAAGUUAACCGAUAACGUAAUUUAUCCGCGAUUUCGCUUACGUAGACGAUAACCUAUCUAAUUUAAGCGUAAAAAUACAUAUAAAUGUCGUGUGGACGUUCAAUUUCAUUCUAUACACGGAAAGAGUGUAGUGAACCUUUCUACAUACCGCUCAGUGGUGAUACCGACCUCUAAUUGGAUAAAAUGCGAGCGUACGUGCUGCUCUCGCUCCUGGUGCAAUUGGCAUUCGCGUUUCGACUCCCAUUUCCGUUUCAGGCUAGCCUAUUGGAUACGAGCAAUGGAACAUCGUGUUGUACCUGCAGCUUCAAAGACACGUCGUAUAUGGCGUCCAAGUGCGGCGUGAAAACAUCUUUCAUGAGCUUGGUUGAGAAAAUAAUCGCGUCUACGUGCGACGUGUCAGAUCCUUGCCACAGACUCGGCAAAGAGGAAGUGCCCAACGAAUGGUUCGACUUUAUCGUGGUCGGCGGCGGAGUAGCAGGGCCUGUAAUUGCCAGGAGAUUGAGCGACAAUCCUUGGUGGAGGGUUCUGCUGAUAGAAGCAGGACCGGAAGAACCGUCGAUGACUUCUAUUCCUGGACUCGCGGUUCACGCGGUCAAUUCGUCUUUGGAUUGGAAUUUCAAAACGGAGCCAACAGAGCCCCAUCCGACCGCGUGUUUAGAAACCGGCGGAGUGUGCACUUGGCCGCGAGGGAAGAUGAUGUCCGGUACCGCCGGCAUGUACGGAAUGAUGUAUGCACGAGGGCAUCCAGAAGUAUACAACAGUUGGGCUCGAGCAGGCGCCACAGGUUGGUCCUACGACGAAAUCGUCCACUACUUCGAACGCGCCGAAGAUCCCGUGGAUCAGUCGAUAUUAUCCGACAAACCUAGAACCGUUGCCGUACCAGGACCGAUGAAGAUUCGAUUUUAUCCUCAUAAGCCAGCCUUCGCCGACGAAGUUCUGAAAGCUGCGGCCGAGCUGGGUUACAGAACGUCGAAUUUGAAAGAAUACAGGCAGACAGGCUUCAUGGUGGCUCCCAUGACGACCGACAAUGGCGUACGAGGCACGACUUCGAGAAAUUACUUGAGAUCGGCAUACGGUAGAACGAAUCUAAGGGUGUUGAUCAACGCCCAGGUGACGAAGGUUCUAACGAAUCAGUGGCAGAGCAAAGCGUACGGCGUCGAACUGAUCGAUAAAGAUGGAUAUAAGAGGAUCGUGAAAGCUAACAAAGAAGUUAUUUUAACGGCUGGAGCGAUCGGCUCCCCUCACAUUUUAAUGAACUCCGGAAUAGGACCCAAGGAGCAUUUAACCAAAUUAGGCAUGAACGUGAUCAAGGACCUGCCCGUAGGAAAGAAUCUUCACAAUCACGUGUCAGCUGCGAUUCUCUUCAGUAUUAAGGAUACCGCGUACGAAUCUAUGAACAUGAACAGCGUUAACGAAUACUUGGAGACGAGAACCGGUCCGUUGAGCAGUACCGGAUUGACCCAAGUGACGGCGUUUCUCGAGAGCAGCUACGCCGCUAACGGAAUACCCGAUAUCCAGAUAUUCUUCGACGGAUUCGCGCCAAAUUGUCCAAGGACCGGACUCGAAUUCGAGUGUUUGAACGGCGCGAUUGGCUUAUGCUCGGACAGAAGGCAGAUCGUGGUCAGGCCGACGACUCUUACCGUGGAGAGCAGGGGAUACAUGAAGUUGCGUUCCGGCGACCCGAUCGCACCACCUUUGAUUUACCCCAACUACUUUACCCACACGAAGGAUUUGAAGGUGUUGAUCGAGGGUAUUAGGAAGGCCAUCGAGCUCACCAACACGCAGACUAUGAAACAAUGGGACUUUCGAUUGGAACCUGUCGUUCAUCCCCUUUGCACCAACUAUCACUUCGCCACUGACGCGUAUUGGGAGUGCUACGUGAGAGCGGCGACUGGACCGGAGAACCAUCAAUCGGGGACAUGCAAACUAGGCGCGUACGACGACCCAACGGCCGUCGUCGAUCCAGAGCUACGAGUACGUGGUAUAUCGAACAUUCGAGUCGCGGACGCAUCCGUGUUUCCGAUCGUGCCAAACGGUAAUCCCAUCGCAGCGAUCAUGAUGAUCGCGGAAAAGGCGGCUGACAUGAUCGCGCAUACAUGGACGAAGAUGUGAGAACUGGAAGAUGCGUCGGAAAAGCUCGAUGCCAUGAUUCUUUAAUCUCGAUUCUCCUGUCGUAUGGUAUUCCGCGCGAUGUCCCGUUUCUUGCGAAACGUUCUUAUGCGAGUGCUAUCUUUCCAGAAGAUAUCAACGAUGAAAAUAUUCCUUACCGAACAUUGCUCACGUCACCACGAUGCAACUUUUAAAUCGAUAUAAUUUGGUCAAGAUCGGAUUUGAGAAAUUUUUAAGCCAACUUUAAAAGAUGCGACGUACUAUCUAAUACAUUUCUGUGCCAUAUAUGACAGGAUGAGUAACGACGAGUUUAUCAUUUCCAAGCAAUCAAUGUGCAACUAUUACUCUGUAUAUAACGACAAGCAAAUAAUUUAUGAUCAGUGUCGAGCGAUGCAAAUAUCUGUAGAAUAGACUCGAGCCUAUCUCGUGGACAAUUUUUCAAAUAUGAUAAUUCAAAUAUAUCUUUUACUCGAUA